AUGGAAAACGCUAAAGUGAAUAAAAAAAAUGAAUCUGAAACAAUAGAUGUUGUUUCAAAUAAUUCUUUAAUGGAUUUCCUUAAAGAUGAGGAGUGUUGUGAAAAUGUUGAUGAAGUGAGAUUAUUUAGUGAGAUAAAUCGACUUGCUGGAUUAAGCAAGUCAAAAUUUACUGAUGAAAAUGAUGAUCGAACGAUAGAAGAACUGCUGAAAGAAGCAGAAUCUUUAAUUAACCAACCAAUUGGUGUUAAUAAUGCAAAUUAUACAAUCUCUUCCAACAUGACGUGA